CACCUUCCAUGUUAUGUGCUUUCCCAAAUUCCCUCUCAGAUCUCAGUUCAAAAUUUUUGAAAGGACAGCGCAAAUUCAAUGAAACGGUCGCAACAAUCACGCUCCUCCUGAUCUCUCUCUCUCUUUCUCACUCGCUUCAUUCAUGGAAGAAUCCGCCGACCAGGAUCACGGCUUCGAAUGCGCGGCUCACGCGUUUUUGCCUCCGGCUCUGGUAUCUCUCGCGCCGUUCUCUUCCCCGUCCUCGCGCCGGCUCUCCACUGGCGGCUUUGCGCAGUCGAGCUACCCCAUCCCCGCUCCGCCAAAGCGGAUGGCCAGGGUGUCCCUCCAGGGGCGGCUCGUCAAUGCCGAAGAGGCGAGCUCGGCUAGGGCUGUCGGGGGCGGCUUGAGCCGCGACGAGGCUGUUGCUUGGGAGCUAUUCAGCCCGGUCCAGAGGUUCCUCAUUGUGGCGGUGAUCGGCGUUGCCGCUGCGGAGUCGAAGAAAAACCGACUCAUUUGGCGGCUUACGAAAUCUGUGGAGCUUAGGGAUCAGGUGCUGUCAAGCAUGCAAAAGAAGCUUGACAGUCUGUGCGAGCAGGUGAAUAAUGCUAGGGAUCACUUGGGUAGUAGGGGCGAGAUGGCAUUCUCCAAGAAUGUGGAGUCAUUAUGUAAUGACGCUUUUGGUUCUGAUCAGAUCACAUUCGUUGAUUGUGGUUGUUGGUUUUGUGAUCAACAUCGUGUACUGUAUAAUGGGUUGGUGGGUAGCUCUGUUAGGAAAGCCUCCAUUGGGGAGGAGAUGCUCCAAUAUAAAUUAGGUUUCUCAAACAAAGUAGAACCAGAGGAGCGCCGCAUGUCUGAUUUGUCAGAUUGGGCUUCAAGUGUCGCAUCUUCUGGUGAGAUCCAGAUGAACACCUCAGUAAUUGAACAAGACAGUUACAACCUCAAGCGGGACUGUGAAGAGAAGGAUGCCACCAUAAAGGAGCUAACCACUCUACUCCACUCAUCUGAUGUUGCUGGUUCGAAGAGGAUUGCAGAGUUGGAAGACAUUAUACGUAGGAAAAACACGAUAAUUACAAGACUAAAGAAGGACAUGGUUGUCCUAGAACAGAAGGUGGUUCACUUUACUAGACUUCGGAGAUCCACGUUUCCUUCUUCAGACUCAAACUCAAACAAUGAGCAGCGUCCACACAUGGCAGAAAAUCUCCUAUAUGAUAUGGAUAGUACUACUAGCCCUUCAUCUUCUGAUUCAGACUCUUCCCCUUCGAAUCAACCACAUGCUCCUGUUGCUAAAGUUGAGGUAAUUUCUGUUAAGAAUAGCUACUCUUCUUCUACAAGAAACCAGAUGUCAGCGCCAGCAAAAUCCUCAGGUUCUUUUGUGAGACCAACAGAUCAGAGCUCAAAAUCUCGAUCAAUAAGUCCACUUAAAGAAAUAUCUACAAAUUGGAAAUCUGAUUCAAUUUCAUCUUCGAGGCAAAAACUUGGAGAUUCUUCAAGAAAGAGUAGAAGGCGACAUUUAACUGGAUCCAAGGAUGUAACCCCUCAAAAGAGAUGGCUUUAGUUGAAUGCAAAUAUUUCUGCCAUCUGAAGAUGAGACGCCUUCACAUUUCCAAAAUGAUGCUCGAGAGAUGAAUGGAAUUGACCGGCAGUGUAUCAUAUUCCUGUUGUUGAAUUUGUACAUUUUUAGAAACCACAGUACCUUAAUUUACUGGUGUUAUAUAUUCACUUUGUUGUACUUGUAGUUAAGUUAUGGUAAGGGCAUCUAUCUGCAUCAAGUGCAGAUUUAAAGUCCGUUACACAAUUAGGGUAUAUUUGUCA